CGGUUAGGCGGGGUAGUCUUGUUUUCUCAAACGAUCUUCACUGGAUCCGCCCAGGAAGUAGCAGACAGAGAGAGACACAGCCCGAGGAAGAAGUCACAAAGUUGUGAAAUUAUCACGUUUAAACACCCACAGUUCCUCCGUGUUUACCCGGGUGGAUCUACCGGGUUUAGGGAGCCCGCGGUGGACGGUUGAUUCAGUUACCAUGGCUAUGAAUGGCGGGGUUUGAUCUAGUGACGCGUCACGCCAGAGUCCGGCCAGAAAGUGAGCGUUUCUAGCCGAGCUGAGUCUGAACUUUAGAGCAGAGAGGGGACUAACUUUCGUGACGGUUCUUCUCUUUUGUCUUUAAUUUACCCUUCUCUGGAUCCUGUCAUCAUGACGCCGGACCUCCUUAACUUCAAGAAGGGAUGGAUGUCCAAACUGGCCGACAGUGGAGAGGUAAGUGGAAGAAGCAUUGGUUUGUUUUGACUGAUGCUGGACUGAAGUACUACAGAGACUCGAGUGCAGAGGAGAAAGAUGACUUGGACGGAGAGAUUGACCUCAAAUCCUGUGUGAAGGUGUGCGAGUUUGAUGUGGAGAAGAACUAUGGGUUUCAAGUACAGACGCGUGAUUCCGCGCACACACUGUCGGCCAUGACGGCAGGGAUCAGGCGGAACUGGAUAGAGGUUUUAAAGAAGUGCAUCCGGCCCAGCAGCUCUCCGGAUCUCACACAAUUACCUGACGGCAGCAGUGACAAGGAAAACUCCCAUUCUCGCUAUCUGCUGUCGUCUCGUCGCCCGUCAUCGCGUCAUGCCGACGUCCAGUCAGACAUCCCGACCUCCGCUCCUCCUGCUCAUCGCAGGUUUGACUAUGUGGAGCUGUCCCCGGUUCCGGCCUCGUCCGGCCCUCUCCCGGCCAGUCAGAGAGAAGCAGCGGAGGGGCAGGGGAGGGAGCACAGCCAGUGGCAGGAGGAGAGGAACACCAGCAGCCAGUGGGAGGCCGUGCUGUCCAGGAAGGGCACCGGCGGAGGAUCCAACCAGCGGCUACGCACCGAGGACGAAAUAGAGAAAAAGUGGGCUGAGUUCGAACGCUUGCCGUUAAAGGAGAUGAGCUCCUUACCACCGAUGGGAUCACGGUCUUCCAGCCAGUCAGCCAAUGAGGCGCUGCAGAGGGAGGUAGUGGCGUCACUGAGGCAGCAGCUGGAGCAACUACAAGGAGGAGGAGGGGGAGGAGGGAGGUGGGGAGGAGGCGUGAGGGGUGGCUGUGGCCCUGAGGCCCCCUGCGGCCGCAGCCUGGCGGCCAUGGAGCGCGCUCAUCGCCAGGCGCUGGAGGAGCUGCAGAGGCAGCACGAGCGCCAGAUGAAGGAGCUGGAGACGGAGAAGAACAGGCUGCUGCUGGAGGAGACCCAGGACACCGCACGAGUAAUGGAGGCUUUGAAGAAGAAACACAAAGACGAGCUGGAGAGAGAGGUGGAGAGAGUCAAAAGGCUCAGCAGUGGGGUUCUAGAUUCACAGACCGUGCGAGCACAACAACAGGCAGAAACUCAGGCGUUGCAGAGAGAGCUGGCCGGACUGUCUGAGCGCUACUCUCAGAAGUGUCUGGAGCUAAACCGAGCCGAGCAAAACAGCGCUGAGAGAGAGAGGGAGAUCAGCCGCAAGGAGAGAGACAUGGAGCAGCUGAAGAAAGAGAACCAGGACUUAAAGGCCCGUUUGACGGAAGAGAUCAGUCGAACACGAUCAACCGGCACAUCUCAGAGCUCAGAGAACAACAAAGACAGGACACCCAGUGAGCUAGAGGUUCUGCUCAGGGUGAAAGAAAACGAGAUAGAGUACUUACACAAGGAGAUCAGCUGUCUAAGGAACGAGCUGCAGUUUCUUAACACGGAGAAACGGCUGGCCUGUGAACGAUACACAGAGGUGCACGAGGAGCUGAGUGGGAUGAAGGGCCGGAGCGAGCGAGAGAUCCAGAGUCUAAAGGAGCACCUGAGGCUGGCCAUGGCUGCUCUGCAGGAGGGGCAGAAGCUGGGCAACAGCCUGGACCACUGAGACUCUGCUGCUGGUGCUAACGCUCUGGCAGACACAGUGUCAGGUGUGUCUGCACCGUGGUGACUGAAUCAAAGAGAUAAACAGAAAAGCAGAGGAGAUGAUCGUUGGACUUGUACAGUUCCGUCUGUGUGGGGACCACGAUAGUGCCUUAGUAUACAAUCAUUCUGCCAAUGAGCAGCAUAGAGUAGCUAUUAGCCGGUUUUAUUACACUGGGCCACACAUCAUAUAUUAAACUGCACUUUUCUUUUUUUUUAUUUUAGCUUUUGCUUGCUUUGAGUGCAAGCAUGUAUGAGUGAGCAUUUGGUCUGAAAACUGGAAUAUUUGCGAGUGAUACAUUUCUUUUUUUUAUCAGGUAUUGUCGAUAAAGAGUUCAUACUGUAUCAGCUUCUUUUGUUUAUCGCCUCUGUGUCUUCUGCCUUACAGCAAGGGGUCAACACAGUUACAUUAGAGCUACUGUCAUCUCAGUUUUCUAUGUUGUACAGCUUUUGAGUCAUGUUUACUCUGUGAAAAUGGCACGCGUUUCUUUAGAAAUCGGGGCUUAUCAUUUGCUGUAAUUAUUUUUUUUUUUAACCUGGAGAGAAGUGUGCUUAUGUAGUAUUGUGUUUGUGAAUAUGAAAUUCUGAAAAAAAUAUAUUGGGGAUUAAUACAACACAGCAAAAGUUUAAUUCCUGGCAGGCUGAAUUGGAAGUUGGUCUAUGAUUGUAUAGAAGCAAAUUCAGGCUCAACUUUCUUCGCUUGUAAAAGCUGUUGGAUGAAUGUUGUCCCACGUCACAGAUGUCUUUUAUUUUUUAAACCGUGGCUGAGAAGCAGGAACUCUCAAGCUUCCAGUCUCCCCUGGUCAUUGUUGGUAUUUAUGUGCCACCGCAUAACAAAUGACAGGUGUUGCAUCAAUGAGCCAAUUUUUUUUUUUUAUUGACGGUAUGAAUUGUGAUAAAAAUGACUUAUCUACCUGCCUUUUGAAAAUAUUUUCAUAUUUAAUGUACUGUAGAGCCCGUAUCAUCUUUGUAAAUUAUACACAAUUUUUGCAAUCAAUAAAAAAAGUUCAACAGAAA